AUGACUGAUCUGCUCCAAAAGUUGGUGAUAACUUCGGUGGUUCUUCCGUUGCAUAUAGUAGAACCUUUCACCAAUCCCAUUGCUUCUAGCUUCCUAUUGGCAUUUUGGCCAAUGCAAUUAUUCCUUUCAAUGCUAGGUCUAUACCAGAAUAACUUCACUUCCUAUCCAAUUUUCACUGCUCGUCUUGCAGAUACCAUUGUCUCCUUAUUCUUGAUAGCGAGUAUCUUCUUGUUAGAAGCUCUUGCUUAUUCACCAAACAAAAACUUGACUAAUUACUACUCCCAGUCGCCUUCGUUGGCUAAGGAGCUUCAUCAACCUAAUUUGAUUUCCUGCUUACUGUUUAGUUGGAUGAAUGAUAUGAUUAUUUCAGCAUAUGUUAACAAAACUAUAACGUCCGUGGAUUUGCCCAAUGCUCCAACAGAAUUAUCCACUAUGAAUUCAUACCAUAAAUUGUGUCAAUAUUACAAUCCCCAAAAGGCCAACUUAACAACAGCAUUGGCUAGAGGUUUUUUGAAUCCAUUCAUUUCUCUGUUCUUGUAUGAAUAUGCUUACAUUUGUCUUGAAUUUGUGCAACCUCAGUUGUUAAAAUGGUUGAUUAAAUAUUGUAACAAUUAUGACAAGGAACCCACUUUAAAGGGCUACACAAUUUCAUUUCUUAUGUUCCUAAUCACCGUUGUUCAAACCACAAUCAACAACCAAUACGAAAUGAAAUCAAUAGAAUUGAGUUUAGCGUGCAAGUCAUCGUUAUGUGCAUUUAUUUAUCGUAAAUCACUUCAAUUAUCUCAACACUCAAGACAAAUGAAAACUUCUGGUGAUAUUAUAAACUUAAUGUCGGUGGACGUUAAUAAAGUUCAACAAUUGGCACUUUGGUUACUGAAUCUUAUUACGGCACCAACAGAAUUAAUCCUCUGUGUUGUUUCUCUUUGGUCAUUGGUUGGGAAAUCAACUUUUGCUGGUAUCAUCACCAUGAUUAUCAUCAUGCCUUUCAAUUAUAUUCUUAUACAACGUCUGAAGAAAUUAACCAAAAUUCAGAUGACUUUAAAAGAUUCAAGAACAAGAAUUGUUAAUGAAAUUUGUACUACCAUCAAGUCAAUUAAAUUAUAUGCUUGGGAGAAACCAAUGCUUGCCAAAUUAAUGGAAGCAAGAAAUGUCAAGGAACUUGGUAAUUUGAAAUGGAUUAGAUUGGUUUAUCAAGCCAGUUUCCUUAUUUGGACCACCAUUCCUUUCUUAAUGACAUUUGCAACUUUUGCUGCGUUUGUUGUCCUUAAUAAAGAUAAACCAUUGACCUCAGAAGUGGUAUUCCCAGCUUUGAGUUUGUUAUCACUUUUGUCCAACCCUUUGACUCAAUUACCUGAAUCAAUUAAUGUGAUCAUCGAUGCAUCUGUUUCCUUACUGAGAAUUAACGAAUUCCUUUGUCUUCCAUCAUUACCUGAAUUGCCGCUACUUCCCUGUGCAAAAUCAUCGGGAGAUGUUAGUGUCAGUAUUCAAAAUGGUUCCUUUUAUCGAAGCGAAUCAAAUUCUGCCAGAUCAACUCCAUGUUCCACUCCCACACCAGUCGAUGAAGGCUCACUUUUAGUUACUCCUAAAAUGGUAACUACCAAAUCAAACCAUUUGACUCCUUUGACUGCAACUCCCGUGACCUCGUAUUCAACCUUAGAUGACUCAAGAUGUGCUUUAGAGAAUAUUAGCUUUGUUGCUCACAAGGGUGAUUUCAUUUGCGUAAUAGGAAAAGUUGGAAGCGGAAAGUCCACCUUAUUAUCGGCCAUUCUUGGUCAAUUGCAAUCCAAUAACAGCAACAGCAAUGCUCAAGUUUUUGGAACCAUUGCUUAUUGCUCACAGUCUCCAUGGAUCAUCAAUGCGUCAGUUAAGGAUAAUAUUCUAUUUGGUCACCGGUAUGACCAGCAAUAUUAUGAUUUAACUAUCGCUGUUGCCCAGUUAGAUCCAGAUUUGGAUAUCCUUCCAGAUGGUGAUCUAACACAAGUUGGAGAAAAGGGUAUUACACUUUCUGGUGGCCAAAAGGCUCGCCUUUCACUCGCAAGAGCCAUUUAUUCCAGAGCUGAUGUUUACCUUCUAGAUGAUAUCUUGAGUGCUGUUGAUUCCCAUGUUUGUAAUCGGAUCAUUGAACAAGUUCUUUCGAAAUCCACUGGUGUUCUUGCUUCGAAGACAGUCAUACUUCUGACGAACACUGUCAAUGUAUUAAAGUACCUGGACGACAUUUAUUUACUUGAACGGGGGAAAAUCGUUGAGCAUUCCCAAUAUUCGGGCAUAAAUGAUAAAGAUCAUCCUAAGAUGUUUGAUAUCUUGACCCACAAUACGGGGUCGAGUUCAAAGGAGGAAAGUUUGACUUCAUCUAUGGUCGUACAGAAUGUAGUAGAAGAAGCGGAAGAAGGAGAAGAAGUUGGUGAUGAUGAUGAACCAAUUGAAAACAGUGAUGUUGCAAGUCUUGCAACAUUUGUAUUUGAUCCUUUACCCAAAGCUCCAAAGAAUGCAAAGACAGUACAAGAGGUGGAGGUCUCCCAAAAGGGAAAGGUUAAAUGGACAGUUUACGCUCAAUAUAUUCAAGCAUGUUCAUAUUUGGGAGUUAUUGUUUGGUUUGCAUUCUUAGUGUGUUCACAGCUAUCUGGGAUAUUGGCUAAUUACUGGUUGAAACAUUGGACUCAAGAACAUGGUGAUUUUGGUGAUAAUAGUGAUGCAGGAAGAUUUCUUCUUGUUUAUGGUUUACUUGGAAUUCUAUCCAGUGCCUUUCAAUUUGGUCGAGCAGGUGUCCUUUGGGUUUGGGUGGCCAUUAGAGCUUCCAAGGAGAUCCAUGAUAAAAUGGCCAAGAGGUUAAUGCGUGCUCCCAUGUCAUAUUUUGAAAGUACACCCGUUGGUAGAAUACUUAAUCGAUUUACUAAUGAUAUCAACAAGAUAGACUCUGAGAUACCUAGAGUUUUAAGCGGGUUCGUAACAAAUAUUGUUAAAACGUUAUUUACUUUGGCUAUUGUUGGUAUAGCGAUGCCCAAAUUUCUUUUCAUUGUUGGUGGUCUUCUGUUCAUCUACUUGUAUUAUCUCAAGUAUUAUGUUUCUAUUUCGAGAGAAUUGAAACGGUUGGUUUCAGUUUCCAGUUCCCCUAUUUAUGCUCAUUUACAAGAAUCAUUGAAUGGAAUGGAAACCAUUAGUGCAUUCCGACAAUUCCCCCGGUUUGAUUUCAUUAAUAGAUCCAAAGUUGAUUUUAAUUUGAAAUGUUUAUUCAUGCAACGGUCUACCAAUAGAUGGCUUUCUGUACGGCUACAAUUGAUUGGGUCCAUAGUGAUAUUUCUGGCUGCAGUGUUAACCAUUCGAUCCUUGAAGACUUCCAACCCCUUAAGUGGUGCAAUGGCUGGGUUUGUGAUGUCGUACGCCUUGCGUGUUACUUCGUCGUUGAGAUCAGUUGUUCGGUUAUCAGCCACUGUUGAAUCGUCAAUUGUUGCAGUGGAAAGGUGUGCUGAGUAUUUCCUGUUGCCAGAGGAAGAACCCAGUGAAGAAGAAGUAGAAGAAACUGGUAUGAAGUUUAUUAAACCUCCCAUUCAAUGGCCAAUGACUGGAACAAUUGAGUUUGAUCUGUACUGUGCCAGAUACAGAGCCAAUUUAGAUUUGGUAUUGAAGAACAUUUCUCUUAGUAUCAAAUCAGGAGAGAAAAUUGGCAUUGUGGGACGUACUGGAUCAGGGAAAUCGACCUUAGCAUUGGCUAUAUUCCGAAUAAUUGAAGCAGUUGAUGGUCAUAUUAAUAUUGAUGGGUUAAAUACGUCUUUGAUGAAGUUAUUUGAUUUACGUCACACCCUUGGAAUUAUACCUCAAGAUUGUCAACUCUUUGAAGGAACCAUUCGUCAGAAUUUGGAUCCAUUUAGUUACUAUACUGAUGAAGAGAUCUGGAGAGCCAUAGAAACGGCUCAUUUGAAGCCACAUAUUGAGAAUCUAAGAGGUGAACAAAACGAAGAACAUGAAGAGCAAGAACAAGAAAAUAAAGAAAUCUUUGAUAAGCUCUCAAUAAAGGUAUCGGAAGGUGGAAACAAUUUUUCUGUGGGACAACGUCAAUUAAUGGCACUUGCCCGAGUUCUUUUGAAGAUGCAACGGGCCAAGAUUCUUGUAUUGGACGAAGCAACAGCGGCGGUGGACAUUCAAACGGAUCGAAUCGUUCAAGAAACUCUUCGGAAAGAAUUUAAAGAUAAAACCAUCAUCACAAUAGCUCACAGGUUGGAGACUAUUAUGGAUAGUGAUAAGAUUCUUGCGCUACAUCAAGGUGAAGUGGUUGAAUUUAGUACACCAAGUGAUUUGUUAAAACGUGAAGAUUCGGCGUUUUAUGCUUUGUGUAGGGAAGCAGGAUUGGUUUAA